AUGGGAAUUGGCCCAGAAAUGGCGAAGGCUUGCAGUAGCAGUAGCUCACUGCCACCGCAGCAGUUGCCAUGGCCACACACGCUGACACACCCUCACCUCUCCACUUCCGGAUUCUCCCUUUCUUCUCUUCCAACGGCCAAGGAACAAACAAAGAACCAAAGUCUGGAGCCCAGAACGGAAGAUACGGUGCCGUUUUGGCUUCGUCGUCUUCGUACUGUAUUGGAGUAUCCCACACACACUAGACUUUCGUCUUCAACUUCAACCGCCGUCGGCAGGCAGGCUUGUAAUCCUUCCCUCCUCGGCAUUCCUGAGCCAGCCACCGUAUUCGAACUCCGGCAAACGCUGGAAGAUGCCAAGAGUUCAAUUUCAUAUCUGAAGCUUCAGUCAUGA